UUGACCCCUUAUUCUUGAUACAAGUGGCAGCUUUGCUUGCAACCUCCUGCUCACAUUCCACACCGUUCUGUGUGCCUGCAGAAAGGUCGAUGUCCUCCGACAUGCCGUGUUCUCGCGAGACUUCGACUACUCGCUCUGCAGAAGAGUACAGACGAUUGACGUUACAAUCUUGACCAAGUAACCAUGUCUCAUAAUGAUAAAGGAUAUGUGGUGCGGAUCCGUGGUUUGCCUUGGUCCUGCACACAAGAGGAAGUGGCCUCCUUUUUCUCUGAUUGUGACAUUGUGGGGAAAGUGAAUGGAGUGUGUUUUACCUUCUCCUCCAAAGAGGGAAGGCCGAGUGGAGAGGCAUUUGUGGAGCUAAAGACAUCAGAAGACUUUAAAAAGGCUCUGGCUAAAGACCGCAAAUACAUGGGACAUCGUUACAUCGAAGUGUUCAAGUCCAACCGCAGUGAGAUGGAUUGGGUGCUAAAACAAAGCGGCCCAACAGACUACGAUAGCUGCAGUGGCUGCAUGUUGCGGCUAAGAGGACUGCCUUUCGGCUGCAGUAAAGAAGAAAUUGUACAGUUCUUUUCAGGGUUGAAAAUCGUGCCAAAUGGGAUAACAUUGCCGAUGGACUACCAGGGGAGAAGCACAGGGGAAGCCUUCGUGCAGUUUGCCUCAAAGGAGAUAGCAGAAAAGGCUCUGGGGAAACACAAGGAAAGAAUAGGGCACAGGUACAUAGAGAUAUUCAAGAGCAGCCGAAAUGAAAUGCGCGCAUACUACGAAGCACCCAGGAGGAUGAUGGCACAGAGGCCUAGUCCAUAUGACAGACCCAUUAUGGGACGCGGGGGCUUCUUCGGGCCAGGGCCUGGAAGGGGAGAUGCUGUCUUGGACCAGAUGCGCAGUGGAGGCGGUUACAGUGGUGGAUAUGGUGGGUUUGACAAUUACAAUGGCUUCAACGACAGCUUUGGUAAUGGAAUGUUUGAGGAGCGUGUGCGGGGUGAUAGAGGAAGAGGAGGAACGGGGGGUCAAGGUUACAGCAGCGAUACAAACUCUGGCUUUCACAGCGGCCAUUUUGUUCACAUGAGAGGCCUUCCCUUUCGUGCUUCAGAGACAGAUGUUGCAAAUUUCUUUGCUCCUUUAAUUCCUGUGAGAGUGCACAUUGAUGUAGGGCCCAAUGGAAAGUCUACAGGAGAGGCAGAUGUUGAGUUUGGAUCUCAUGAAAAUGCUGUGUCUGCCAUGUCAAAAGACAAGAAUCAUAUGCAGCAUCGUUACAUAGAGCUUUUCUUGAAUUCAACUUCAAGUGGACCAUCUGAAAUGGGUCGCGCAGGAGGUUUCUAUGGCAACUCUGGAGGCAUAGGUUCUCGAGGAAGUGGAUUAAGAAGAAUGUUCUGAGGAUGCUUACAAUUGAUGCAUAAACUUUUGAACCCAAAGUUGGAGCUUCCAACUUGGAAGGUCUUUUUGUAUGUUUUCACAUGUUCAUAAAAAAUAUGCCCAAAAUAUUUAAGCUCAAAAAUAAUUUUGAGUAAAUCUAUAUCUAUCUAUUCAUAUAUAUAUAUAUAUAUAUAUAUAUAUAUAUAUAUAUAUAUAUAUAUAUAUAUAUAUAUAUUAUAUGGAUAUUUAAACUGUUCCAUAGGUUGACCGGCUAUUGUACAUUUUGCUCGUUAAAUUUUAUAUUAAAUAUUUCUGUGUUUAAGACGUUACUAAAAAGAUUUGCACUUUGUAUGUGUUUUGACUCAAUUUUGAGUAUGAAUAGCUUGAUCCCUGAGUUGUGUGUGAAAUUGCACUUGAGACAUUUUUCUUUCCUUUCCCAAAGCAAUAACAUCAUUUUGAAUCUUCUCCAGUUUUUGCUGCUCCAUAAAAUGUCUAAAUCGAAACCUGGGAAAUGUACACAUCUAUGGAAUAAAACCCUUUAUUUAUACAGUAUGUUACUUUUGACCAAAGAAUGUUGGAAGGUUUCUUUGUUCUUUGAAGGUAAUGUAACUAAAGUGUGAUCUCUUGUCUGUUGAUGGAACACAUUUCACCAUUUAU